AUGGCGCUGACAAAGGAUAUUAAACUACCAACGGAGGAAGAGCUCUCUGUUUCACAGGAGAUCACUCUUUCCACACCAUGGCUCAAAUCUGUUGCUCCCUACAUGGCCAAAAAUUGCGAGACUCAAAUCAAUGAGUUCAUGCUGAGACGCAAAGAGUUAGAAGACCCUCGUCUUACGCUGAAAGAGGGAAAAGCUGUUACCGAAUGUGGAAUCAAAUUUCUUCAAGCUUUGAAAAGAAGUUGUGCAGAGGAAACUGGUAAACUUGCUAACUGUGUUGAUCAAGGAAGCGCUAAGCUUUACCUCAGCAAGUGUCGCAAAGAGCAAGAGGUUCUAGAUAAAUGUAUCGAAGGAAAUUUGAAUAUUGAACGUCCAAAGUUGGGAUAUUUCAGCAGGCUUCAUGUUCAUGAAAGCUCCGAACCUGCUCCUCAACCUCGUAUCCGUGAUUACAAGGCCGAAGCCGCUAAGGUGCUCAAAGAGUUACCUGAGGAUUUCCAUAUGAGGAAGGAUUACAGAAAGUACAACGAUUGGAGAUACAACUUCACCGAAAGCUAA